CAUUAUCCGAGUACCUACCUACCAAUCUCAAUCCCCAAACAUUGCGCGUCCCUCGACAAGGCCAACAGCGGGGCACAUCAUCGAACGUCCCGUUUCCAGCGAACCGCAUCUCACGUUCCCAGCUCCCCGAUACAUCUACAUCGAUCGAUAAUGACUUCACCACCACCAAAACCGCGCUACGACCCUGUAGACACGACCUUCGACCCCCGCGAACAUUCGCAAAGAGACGACGUAGAAUCCCCCUCCCUGACAAACGGCAACGCGCUCGCACGCUUCGAAUUCGAACCGGGGCGCAGCAAAGACGGCACAAAAGUCCUCAUGGUCGAAUGGGAAGAAGACGAAAGCACGAAGGGCGUAACCGGAAAUUGGGAAAUCAGUUGGAAAGGGAAAAAAACCUUCCUGCCCGCGCGCGACCGCGACGACCACCCGACGGAAGAUCUGCCUCCUCUCAACCGACUAUAUUUCCUGUUAGGACCGGGGGUGGCGAUCCCGACACAGGUGAAAUUACAAAAAGGACACAUUGCGUGGAGGACGGCGCCUUUGCCUGCGAUUUUCUCCCCGGAACUUGGGGCCACGGCUCGCGAGGCCGGGAAGAAAGGGGUGCUGCAUACGAUAUGGGCGAAGAAGAGGUUGCAGGUUUUGCAAGAGGAGAUUGAAGCGGAGUCGAAGGAGAAUGUGGAGGGGAUUGGGUAUCAGAUGGCUGCGGCGGAGAAGGAUUGGAUUGAGCAGAAUUUCGGGGUUUUGACGAAACCUCCGAGUAAGAGUUUUCCGCAGCAGCAGUCGGCGAUGAGUUCUGUGAUGGGGAUGGGGAAUGCGGGUUUGAAUAGUCCGGCGAGUCCACGCAGUCCCGGGGGUGGGAGGUUGAUGGAUAAGCUAAAGGGUCUUAAACUGGGGACGAGCGCGCAGGAUCUUUCGUCGUCGAGAAAGACGGAGGGAAGUGCUGCGCCCGAAUCAUAUCAUCCUUUGAGUCCAGAGGGGACCGAUGUGGCCGUGGGAAGUUUCGGAAGUUUCGCUGCACUGAAAGGCGCCGCGCCAACAUCUACGCUCGCGGCGAAACCUCCACAACCUCCUGCAGAGCAGCAACGGAAAGUCGUCGCGCAAAGACCGCCGCCGCCGCCGGAAUCUUUCAUCUCUCAACAGCGACCGCAAGGUGGAAUGGGUAUGGCGUCUCUGAAUGCUUUUGCCAGCGGCGAUAUCAGCGAUACUGGAUUCUCGCAGGCUUCAAUUGAUGAUGACAAGGCAGACGACCUCUUCGCGCUACCCAUGAGCCCUCGUAGUCCGGAAAUGGGUACCAAGAGUCCCUUUUCGUUCACGGCGCAGGAUACGAUGAGGUACUUGAAGGAAGAGAAGGCUUCGAGUUGAAUGAAGGUAUGGGUUGGCGUUGGGAAAGGUCGGCUAUCAUACCCGCCCCAAUAGUCUGUCUUUCUGUUAGAGAUAUAUAUGUCUAGCUUGAGUCAGAAUUGAAAUGUGUGAAUGUCAGGGCU